CGCGAGGCGGGUGAGGUCAUUCGACGCGGGGCGCGAGCGGGGAGGGAUGGAGAUCCCCUUCUACCACGACGAGGGGCAAGCCGACAAAGCGGAGAACAACCACCACAACCACCACCACAAUCCCCGAGGCCUGCCUCUCGCUCUGCCGUCGACGAGCCGGGAGGCGGAGGCGGCGGAGCUGGGCCUGCUCAAGCUGGCCUCGCCGGAGCUGGAGCGCCUCAUCAUCCAGUCCAACGGGCUGGUCACCACCACGCCGACAGGGGGCGCCGGCGGGAGUGGGAGCGGGCCCGUCUUCCCGUUCCCCAAGGCCAGCGAGGAGCAGGAGUUCGCGGCGGGCUUCGUGAAGGCCCUGGAGCACCUCCACCACCAGGGGGACGAGCAGCAGCAGCAGCAGCAACAUCCGGGCACCCCGGCCGCGUCCAGCCUGGUCUACGCCACCUUGAGCCCCUUCGGCGCCUUCGAGGGCCCGCCCCUUCCGGCCCUGCUGAAGGACGAGCCGCAGACCGUGCCGGAAGCGCCCUCCUCGGCCAGCCCGCCGCUCUCGCCCAUCGACAUGGACAGCCAGGAGCGCAUCAAGGCGGAGCGGAAGCGGCUCCGGAACCGCAUCGCGGCCUCCAAGUGCCGGCGGAGGAAGCUGGAGCGCAUCUCCCGCCUGGAGGAGAAGGUCAAGAGCCUCAAGAGCCAGAACACCGAGCUGGCCUCCACCGCCUCGCUCCUCCGCCAGCAGGUGGCGCAGCUCAAGCAGAAGGUGCUCAGCCACGUCAACUCCGGCUGCCAGCUCCUCCCCCGCCAGCAGGCGGCGCCCCCGGCCCACCCCGUCGCCGCCUACUGAGCAUGCGCGGACGCUCCGGACUCACGCCCCUCCCGCCCGCUUGGGGGGAGGAGCAAGGACUCCUCGGAGGCACCGCGAGGGUGGACAGAGGACUCGUGGGGCGUUUGGACUCCUAAGGGGGCUUGGAGGACCCAUGGUGAUGUUAGGGGGUCAAGAAGGGGCCCUUCUUACUUGGAAUUGCAAUCAAAGGGGGGCAGAGGACCCAUGGUGAUGUUUUGGACUCCUAAGGGGGGGGGAUAGAGGACCCAUGGUGAUGUUAUGGGGGUCCUAAGUGGGGGGGGAUAGAGGACCCAUGGUGAUGUUAUGGGGUCAAGAAAGGGCCCUUUCCUGCUUGGAAUUGCCUAUUUUGGGGAGAAAAGCAGCCCCCAAUGCAAUCAAAGGGGGGCAGAGGACCCAUGGUGAUGAUUUGGGGGUCCUAAGUGGGGUUGGAAGACCCAUGGUGAUGUUAUGGGGUCAAGAAAGGGCCCCUUCCUGCUUGGAAUUGCCUGUUUUGGGGGGGGAAAGCAGCCCCCAGUGCAAUCAAAGGGGGGCAGAGGACCCAUGAUGAUGUUUUGGGGGUUCUAAGUGGGUUUGGAGGACCCAUGGUGAUGUUAUGGGGGUCCUAAGUGGGGUUGGAAGACCCAUGGUGAUGUUAUGGGGUCAAGAAAGGGCCCCUUCCUGCUUGGAAUUGCCUGUUUUGGGGGGGAAAAGCAGCCCCCAAUGCAAUCAAAGGGGGGCAGAGGACCCAUGAUGAUGUUUUGGGGGUUCUAAGUGGGUUUGGAAGACCCAUGGUGAUGUUAUGGGAGUCCUAAGGGGGGAUAGUGGACCCAUGGUGAUGUUAGGGGGUCAAGAAGGGGCCCUUCUUACUUGGAAUUGCAAUCAAAGGGGGGCAGAGGACCCAUGGUGAUGAUUUGGGGGUCCUAAGUGGGGUUGGAGGACCCAUUGUGAUGUUAUGGGGUCAAGAAGGGUCCCUUCCUGCUUGGAAGUGCCUGUUUUGGGGAGAAAAGCAGCCCCCAAUGCAAUCAAAGGGAGGCAGAGGACCCAUGGUGAUAUUUUGGACUCCUAAUGGGGGGAUAGAGGACCCAUGGUGAUGUUUAGGGGGUCCUAAGUGGGGUUGGAAAACCCAUGGUGAUGUUUUGGGGUCAAGAAAGGGCCCUUCCUGCUUGGAAGCACCACCCCUCAUGUUGAUAUCCUCAUAGGACAGAAAAGGAACCCCUCACAAUGUUUUGGGGAGGUGGGAGCACCCCUUGUUUGCCAUCAGAGGGGGGGGGGAUAGAGGACCCAUGGUGAUGUUAUGGGGUCAAGAAGGGGCCUUUUCUGCUUGGAAUUGCCUGUUUUGGGGAGAAAAGCAGCCCCUAAUGCAAUCAAAAGGGGGAUGGAGGACCCAUGGUGAUGUUAUGGGGGUCCCAAGGGGGGGGGGAUAGAGGACCCAUGGUGAUGUUUUGGGGUCCUGCUUUGGAAGCACAUCCCCUCGUGUUAGUAUCCUCUCAAUGUUUUAGGGGGAUAGAGGACCCGCAGUGAUGUUCUGGGCUCUUCCUGCUUGGAGGCACAGAUCUGGGGGAGAAAGGGGGACACAUCUUGCCAUCUCCCUUGUGUGGGUAUCCUCAUAGGACACCCUACCCCUCCAGAGGACACCUCACCCCUCCAGGGGACAAGAUGGCACAGUCAAGGCCGUCUUUAUCCCUAGCAUCCCAAGCAUCCCAAUGCAAUAAACUGGGGGAUAGAAGACUUAUGGUGAUGUUUUGGAGUUAAGAAAAGGGGACCUAAGCACAAGGAAGGUCACCUUCCCUAGAUUUUGGGGAGAAAAGGGGUCACAUCUUGCCUUCCCCCCUUGUGUGGGUACCUCAUAGGACACCCUACCCCUUCUAGAGGGCACUCCACCCUUCCAGAAGUCAGGAAAGUAGCCCUCCAUGCAGUUAAAGGGGAGGGGGGUAGAGGACCCAUGUUGAUGUUUUGGGGUGAACAGGGGCCCCUUUCUGCUUGGAAGCGCAGAUUUGGGGGAGAAAGGGGAACACAUGCUGCCAUCCCCUUGUGUUGGUAUCCUCAUAUGACACCCCACCCCCAUCCAGAGGACACUCUACCCCUCUGGAGAACAGAAAAGGAGUCUCCUAUUUAUUUUGCGGAGAGGAAAAGGCCGGCACUGCUUCCCAAGACUUGGCACGACUGUCCAACCCCUCCGAUGCAGGAAGAAGAGGGAAGUUGCAGCCGGGAAAGUGGCCGCUUCCCGUGGAACGUUGGAUCGUACGGACACCUGCCACCGUUCCCAAUUCUUUGGGAUCUGCCUUAGACUCCCCCCUCCUUAUUUGCUUCUUUCUCCACCCACUGUAUUUAUGUUAAUAGGAAGCCCUUGGUCUUUUAUUUUUAUUUUGGGGGGGGGGAAUCUUUUGUUUUGAUCCUGUAUUAUUGCUCUUCCUCCUCCGUGCCACAUUCCAAGGUGCAGUAAAACCCUGCAGGAAUUGACAAAAGCCUG